AUGGGGAUCAUGCUGGUUACAGCGAAUCAUCCAGUGCACAAAACUCAAAAGCGGGCCGUUAGCGGUAAUCCAAAUGCAGCGGUGGAGAAAAUUAUGGAAAAAGGAAUGGUCUUUGCUAGUGAGAUAGUCAAUAAGUUGAAGGAUAAUGAAGGGGCUAAAAAGCUGAUCGGAAAAGUACUCGAAACAAUAAAAGGCCAGCGUGGAAAACGUUCACUUCAAAUUGCUGGAGCACUUACGAAUUAUAAUUUCACUCAAUAUCAAAAACUGGAACUUCGAAAAAUAUUCACGAGCAUUUCAAACGAGUACAAUGAUACGAGGUGUCCAAUUGGACAAAACGAGCUAAACUGGAUUGAGACAGUUACUAUCGCUUUGCAACAUGCGUUAGCUGAGAUGAACAAAAUUUUAAACGGGCAAAAGAUACAUUACACUAUUGCGAAGCCAACACCCGCUCCUUAA